ACUGGCCUUACAAAUUAUCACUAUGUCGAGACCGAGAUGGAUACUGAUCUUCUACGACAGGCACAGAUGCAGACAAAACAUUUGAUUGGUUCCUUGGAACUUGCCCAUAGGCAGACAGUCAAGAGCAUGGAAGAAACGAUUGCAACUUUGAAAGACCAGCAUGCGUAUUGGGUGAGUAAACGUCAGCAGUACAUUCAGAGAAGUGCCCGUACUGGCGAUGAAAUCUGUGACAUUCGUUCGCUUACAGCUGUAGAUCGCGAUCCCUGUCUGGAUAGAAAACUUCUGGACAUCGAAACGCGUAAAAUUGACGAUCUUUCAGAUGUGCACAGUUAUCCAGCAAGAACACAAAUUCGCCGAAGAUCAACAAUGCGUACACAGUCCACACACCCGCCUGGUUUUGGGGCUCAGUCUCCAUUUGGACGCACGGGCAGUCGAAUGUCUAGGCGUAAAUGAAUUGAAAAUACAAUGUCUAACAUUCAUUAAGUUCAACAAUGAGAGACUUAUUUUAUUGUAGAAAUGCUGUAUAUUUAUUUAGGAAAGAUAAAACAGUUCCCCUACAAAUCUCAACAUACUUUUGUCGUUUCAGUUGCAACUGGGAUCACAACAAUGAUUGUUUAUAUAGAACUUUAAAUCAAAUUUCAUUAAUUUCCGUGAAGUCUUAUUUAAGUCAUAGUAAAUCAAAUGAAAAGGAACUGUUACAGUAGAUAUAAAUCUUUCAUAAUUUAUAUUACAAAGUAUGGAAACCAAAAAACAACUGCGUUAUUUAACUUGUUUUAUCUCCACAACAACAAAAAUUCAUAUUGUUACGUUUUAUGGCUAAGUCAUAUUUCAAAUUCACACAAAGGAAUAUAUUUGAUACACAUUUGAAACUCACUUGAUUGAGAUAUUUUUGAUUUUGUUGUAGAAUUAGGUGUUUGUUCUAUUUUAUUCACUACCUUUUCAUCCAGACAAAGGAAGCGAACUGUAAGCUAGCCGCUAAUUACUGCCCGUUUUAUCAGUCUGUGAUUUCGUGUGUACUAAGUCACAAAAGCAAAUUUUGAUUAUUGCUUCUAUACAAUUUUACCUACAUUUGUUAUUUUAAUAUUUUACAAGCAUAUAUGUGAUAUAAUGUUUGGUUUUGAUGCUGCAGUGAUACAAAAGUAGUUAGUGUUUUUCUUUUAAGCAAAGACAAUUUCUAUCAUAAGACUCUUGUAGCAAUAAGUUAUAAAUUUAUUAUCUUCAUAUUACAUGAAUUGUUUAUUAUAAAGUUUUUGUAGUUUUGAAAAAGAUGGAAUUUCAAUAAAAAUCUUCAUUCAGAGAUUGCCAAAAUAGCAGAAGAAUACAUCAUUGGCCCAAUAUUUCCAUGUUAUCUGGUCUAUAUCAAAUAACUGACUUAGACCUAAUUUGUUCUGCUGUCUGGUUUGCAAAUGUAUCUUUGAAAAUGGCAAAAUGUAAUAUAUAUAGUUGCAAAAAUGAAACUUGCUUGUGUCACAUUUAUUUAUUGCACACAUGCAGCCUGUCGGAGAUACAAACUUGUAUAAUGACCAAAAAGUGGAUAAAUGUUUCACAAACAUAACAGUUUUGCAAUGUCAUGCAUUAAUCUGAAUGUGAUAAUCAUAUAAACUGUGAUAUGGAGUUAAAAAUUGUUUUUAUUUUCUUUGCUUCUGUAUAAUGCACAUUGAAUUUAUUACAACCACCUGUUAAUACAGAGUUAAUGGCCUUGGUAAAAUCAUCUUGAGAUAAUUAUUGGCACAAAUACGAUCUUCCUGGUGAGGUCAGUUCUUUGCCAAUGAAAGACUGAAGAAUUUAAAUUUUUGUUCCCAAGUAAAUGUCUAAGGGGUCAAAGUUCUGGAGACCAGUCAAACAUGAUAUACCAUCUGAUUGGCUGAUCCUUUGCAUGAUGUUUGAAAUUAACCAAUGGCAAGCAAAGCUGCAUUGUUAUACUGGUCUUCAAACUUAGCAAAGUCUCAGUAUUUCUGUUUAACAUUAGAUUGCUGACGAAUGCUUAAUAAGUAGAAUUUCUAAUAAUCAAAUUAAGGUAUUGAAGCUAAAAAGCUUUUUUAUGCAAUAAGAUGAUAUAAGUUUUGCAUUGAUCAUUUACAAAAUUUAUAUUGCUGAAUAUAGUGGAAAGUUGUAGACAAGAUGAGCUAUAGGUCCAGCUACAGUAUUUUACUAGACAGCAAAGCAUCCCAUUGACCUAGACUUUUUUUGCCCGUGUGCUUUAUGUUCAUUCCAACCCACUGAUUCAGAAUAGUUCUCAUGCUGAUAUUCCGUCCAAAAAAUGGCUGCCAUGAUACAAAAAGGGGAACAAAAUAAGCGAGCAACACUCUUUGGGAGACGCAGAUAUUGACCUCAGUUGAGAGGUUGUUUUUCUAUAGAGGUUAAAUUGAUAGUAAAUUUCAGCUAUGGGAAAUUUUGAUGAUGCUGUUGUGGAGAGGUUUUUGUUGUAGGUUGUAGAGAGGGCCGCUCUGUAGAUGUUGCACUGUAUAUAUAUAACCGUGUUUGAUUUAAAAGAAAUAUUUAUUUUUUAUACAGUGUACUGAUAGUGUGCUAAUUGUAUGUUUCUUAUAUUAAAAAAAACAAUUUUUGUUUUUACUGUUUAUGUCAAAGUUUAAACUGUAUGUUGUGUUGUUUUAGGUACUUGAAUUCAAUUUUAGACUGGCAGGGUUGGAUAAUGUGUAACUGAGUGUUUUAUAAUUGUAUGAUUUGACUGGAAUACUUAUUGCCUAGUCACAAGACUGGCCAUCUUUAAUAUAUAGUAAAUGUAGAUGUGAUUGCAUCAGAAUUAGCACUGUUGUUUUCUUUGAUAUACGGUAUUGCAUACACAUUUACUGAUCUGAGCAGAAAUAUGAUAUAAGUUUUGACGGCAUGACCUUCCGAAGAUUUCCCGUAAUUGUUCACAAAUUGAAAUAAAAAAGCCCUAAUUGCUUUAUGAAUAUUGUUUAAAGAAUUAGACACAAGUUUUAUAGAAAUCAUUUACCGGACACCUCAGGGAUUUAUUUAUUUGAAGCUAGAUCUAUAUGUAUGAAAGUUAAUAAGAUUUUAAGCGAACUGCCUUAUACUGAUGAUAUACUUUUUUAAAAAGAUUUUAUCGGUAAUUGUGUAGAAGUACAAUAUUACCCCACCCAUAUAUUUACAAAGUUUGGUGUGUUCGUGUGGAUCACUAAUUAAAAAAACAAUGCUCUUAGGUUUUAGUAAUUGUCUUUUUUGUAUCUUAUAUAUUGUUUUUUCUCUUUCAAACUUUGCAGCCUAUUUUGACUUGGAAGCAAACUUGUCUCACAGUUCUGAUUAGAAACUAUCUAUAUAUUUUUUACAUUUUAUCUAUUUUUAGAAAGUCAUAGAAAGCCGCCCCUUUGUAUUUUCUUUCUGAUAAAAUUUCUUUUAGUUUCGUUAUUAUCCAUUAUGAGUUACACUGUGUACUCCUCAAUUCAAACCAGGAAUAAAGUGUGUUUAAUGUAGAA